UAGGAAAAAUAAAGAACCCAUUGUAGGAAUAGCUAAUGCUUUUUCAAUGUGUAAAAGUCAUAGCUGUGUUAUCGGUGAAGGCGUCACAUUUAACUCAGGCCUAACAUUAGCACAUGAAAUUGGUCACAGUUUAUCAAUGGAACAUGACGGUGAUGGAAAUUCUUGCGAUUCGUCGAAAUAUAUCAUGGCGGAAGAUAUUGGAAAAGGGCAGACAACUUGGUCCCGUUGCAGUGGUUUGUAUCUGAAAAGAUUCCUAAGAUCAUCACAAUCUAAUUGUUUAUAUAAAAAUAUUUCCAUGGUAAAGUACGAUCUGAUGUUUGAUAAUAAAUUACCAGGAGAAAAAUAUUCACCUGAUGCUCAAUGUCAAUUCACUGCAGGAAAGCAAUUCAAAGCGUAUUAUGACAAACCUGAAAACAUUUGUGAAUCAUUAUGGUGUUUGAGUCCAAAUGGAUGGAAAUAUCCAGUUCAUCCUGCUUUAGACGGAAGUUGGUGUGGUAUUUAUAAGGUAAGUUAA